ACGAGAGCGGCCUGUUUCGUGGAGGAGCUGUCAAUUAAACCGUGUCUGCAUGAACUGCAAAUGACCACAGCAUCAGGUCUAGCAUCCGAUCUGAAGGGGAUGCCGAUUUCCCUUGGGAGAUGGAUCUGCUUUCCAAGAUGGCUCCCAUUUUCCACUGGGCAUUAGCAGUUUGAAGUCGAGUCUCUAAAUGGGCUUCCUAAGCACCUCAUCGUGCCGCCAUCUUAACCAGCCCUGCUCCACAUCUGCAUAAGCACAAGCUGAAAGGAUGCAUUGGAGGUUCCAUGGACAGGCAGGCGUGUCGACUGCUGAGCCAUCGAUGGAGGCUACGAGGGACUUCGCAAAUGAGAAAGUGCUACAGUUAAGACUUCAGCAGAGGAGGACACGAGAGCAGCUGGCAGACCAAGGCAUCAUGCCUCUAAACCACGGCAAGUUCCCCAAGCAGGAGGACUCGUACGCCUUUGAGGAGGACAGCAGCAGCGAGAGUUUGUCUCCAGAUCAGAACCACAGCGACGAGUCUCAGGGCUCCGCCUGCCCUUCAUCACACCUCGCCUGCAGCGCAGCCUCCUCUUCCUCACCUGGACAUGCCAACACACAGCAGGAGGGCACAAGCGGAGACCCCCCUGACCAAAUCCAGGAUGAAGGACCGUGUGGAACCGGCAACAACCAGGCCACUGCCCCAAUCCCAGUUCCUGCUGUUGUCAAGGCCAAGACGGCAGACAAGAGCCGCCAUAAGAAGCCCAAAGAUGUGAAACCCAAAGUGAAGAAGCUGAAGUACCACCAGUACAUCCCCCCGGACCAAAAGGCCGAUAAGUCGCCCCCGCCGAUGGACUCGGCUUACGCUCGACUCCUUCAACAGCAGCAGCUCUUCCUGCAGCUGCAGAUCCUCAGCCAGCAGAAACACGCUCAUACGCACUCGCAGCAGCCCGCCGCACCCAUGCAGGGUCAGACGCAGCAGCGACAACCCGCCUUCACCUACCAGCCUCACCCGCCAGCGCACAUGCAUAAAGGGAGCGGCGACCAGCUGCCGGUGUGUGCCCCCAACUGUCCACCCAAGCCAGGGGACAGCAUCCCAUCCUCACCGGUCAAAACCACAUAUCCCGCCCAAAACAACAUCUCUCCCGUCAGACCCGGACCCCUGCCACCAAAUCUGGAUGACCUUAAAGUGUCUGAGCUCAGGCAGCAUCUUCGGAUUCGGGGCUUGCCGGUUUCCGGCACCAAGAUGGCGCUCAUUGAGAGACUUCGGCCCUUCAAAGAUUCAAGUGACGGAUCCUCCCCGUCGGGCUCCUCCGAUAUCACGACGGUGACCUUCCCCGUAACUCCAGUGGGGUCGCUGUCCUCUUACCAGUCUCCAUCCUCCUCCAGUACCCUGUCCCAGGGCGGGUAUUACCCUUAUGCCAGCACCUCCUCCACUCCACCGAUCUCACCAGCGUCCUCAGAGCUCUCUCUGAGCGGCUCACUCCCUGACAGCUUCAGCGACGUACCCAUGUCCUCUCCACCGCAGUUCGCCCUGCAGCAGCCAUCCCCCGGAACUCUCGGCACGGGCGACGGGCUGGGAUGCGGUGGAGCGCGGGUUGGGGAGGGGGGCAUGGAGGCAGAGAAAGAUAAGAUGCUGGUGGAGAAGCAAAAGGUGAUUGAAGAGCUGACGUGGAAGCUGCACCAGGAACAAAGACAGGUCGAAGAGCUAAAGAUGCAGCUCCACAAGAGAAAGCGCUGCUACGGCGCCACCCCAGGCACCGUGACUCCAUCUCCAUCUCACCAUCCCUCGGUGCUCCAUCAGACCAUGAUGGGCCAGCCCUCCUUCGAGGUCAAAGUAAAGCAAGAGCCCAUGUCGCUCUCAUCCAGCUGCCCGCUUUCCUCUCCCAAGCACAUCAAGACCUCUCCAGGGAACUGCAUGGAGGACAUGGCGCACUGUAACACCAUGCUCCCCAGCAUGGGGAACCACUGUGGGCCACAAUGUAUGGACUCCGCCCCAUCCUCUGGCAGCCCGUCCACCAUGACGGCAUUCCUUAGUCCGCAGGGCUCGCCCCAAGACUCCCCUAUUGGAAAGACUUCCGGAAGCCCUCAGCCUUCGUCUCCUAGCAACGCCUACAUGCCGUCUCCUUUCCUGGGGAGGGACGGCUGCGGUCAUCCAGACUCCCUCUGCAGCCCCAGAGGAUGCAGCAUGCAGGUCCCUCAUAAGGGUACGCAGGGGGUCAACUGCUCCUAUCCCUCUGAACAGAGAGGCCUUCAGGGACUUUAUUACAACACGGCUGAUUACGGCCUCACUCAGAACGGCCUCGUCAAACCUGGCAACCUGAAUAUUCAACCCAAGCAGCUGACGAGAAGUCAGCAGAUGGAUGAACUUCUGGAUGUUCUCAUAGAGAGUGGAGGGUACCCCAGCCUCCUUGUUCCGAGGUUCCACCGUCACUAUGAGCACCAGGCACCCCCCCAGCUUCAUUACGACCACCUGGAGACUCUGCUGGGUCCAGUAAGCCGGGGAGCGGAAGGAGCCUCUCUCAAGAUGGCCACCGAGGACGGACAGCGAGAUGAUGAAGGGAACAGAGACAGCGAAGUGUACAGCGGCCCCCACGACCACCAACGCCACCCUCACCAUCCCCAGCAGGACAAAGUCGGGACCAACAGAGACCUGGUGGACACGUCCCUCUCGCCGCUCAACAAGGUGUCCGCCGUCCCUGAAGUGCAGGGGAUGGUUAGCAUGGCGUUCAGUGAGACGCCGUGGGAGACCAUGGAGUGGCUGGACCUCACGCCGCCGACCUCCACCACGGCGUUCAAUGUUCCAACGCCAAGCAUGCCCAGCAUCUUCAACACGGAGUUCCUGGAUGUCAGCGACAUGAACUUGAACUCUGCAAUGGACCUUCACCUGGAGCACUGGUGAACGCUGACACGUUGGCUUGCUAGCAAACCAAAGCGAAUACACCAAGCUUUUCUAUCCCACGCAACCCGCUCUGCUGGACCCCAGCUGGACCCCAGGAUCCGUGUAGAAGUCCUGGGGGACCCGAGUCAAUGGAAGGUCAUUCAGCUAUUUGAAGUAAAAGCAUUGUCCUGGGAUGGGAUGCCCAAAUAACAACAACGUCUCCGAAGAAGGUCAAAUAGCCCGAAAUCUUCAUUAAUCACUUCUUUCAUCCAUGGACAAACAUCACAAACUGCUUUGGCCUUCUGGAAGGCCUCAUUGGAUUGACAAUGACUGACAAUGGAUAUGAUGAACUAACCACACUAACCUACCAGAGUAUUUGGGCCACUCCGGAAAACAAACAUCAGCUUCCACAACAAAACCUACCACUUUAAAAAUGUGGUACUUUUACCAGAAUAAAGCGGUACUACUAGGGGGAUAAAGCGGUAAUGCUAGGGUGAUAAAGUGGUAAUACUAGGGGAACAAAGCGGUAAUACUAGGGGGAUAAAGUGGUAAUACUAGCGGUAAUACUGGAGGAAUAAAGCAGUAAUACUCGGGCGCUAAAGCGGUACUACUAGGGGAAUAAAGCGGUACUACUAGGGGGAUAAAGUGGUAAUACUAGGGGGAUAAAGCUGUAAUACUAGGGGGAUAAAGUGGUAAUACUAGGGGGAUAAAGUGGUAAUACUAGCGGUAAU